GGUCGGGGGAAGCUGUGGCAACAUGCAGAAGAGCCCUCAGACGGACGCGUGUCCUGUGGACGUCAGAGAGUCUCUGGCCUCAGUCUCUUUCUAUCUCUGUCGGUCUGUCAGAUUGUAAUAUUAACCCACUCGGAAAAACACAGGCUGUAGUGUGGUUAGACCACAACAUUUGCCCGGAAGACUGUUCAUUGCAUUGAGCAAUACUAUAAGGACAGAAUACAUAAGGUGUCUUCAUGGGUGGUUGUGCAGGAAUAUAUACAUAUAUGGAGGCAAUUAGGCACAGUAAUGUGUCUUUAAGGUCAUAAUAAGGGGUAAUGCAGACCGUCUCUGAUCUUGGUUUUCUCUUGUGUAGCUGUCGCUCAUAUGCCGGCUCUGGAGUAGGAAUGUAUAAUGUAUGUGAUGGUGUGCGUCUGGGGUAUCCAGUCCUGGUCCUGCAGCUUUUCCAAUUCAAAGCGACAGGUCUCUGCAGAGCUGGGAGAAGCUGUUGAGCCAGUAAUUAAUUUGCCCCUUCAGGACCAGGCUGGCCCAUGUCUGGAUACACACGGGAAUCCAGCGCGAAGCGUGUGGCUCUGCUCUCUUCCACUCCUGUUGAGUCUGGAGGUCGAUAGCUCUGGGCUUGACUGUGCAUGCCCAGCUUGAACCCAGGGCCCUGCAUCUCGCCCGUGAGCAGCCGGGGGUUCUCGGUGCAGCAGGCUGACGUUGGAAGCUCCGGUUGUGAUUCUGCAGCUCUCGAACCCUGGGCAGGGCUGAGGGUGGCCUGCCAGUCUCCGUGACCGCUCACCGACUGUUCCUCGGUAGGUGAGCAGGCAAGGGUCAGUCUGCCUGUCCUAGCCCUGCGGCAGCAAGAUGAGCUGGGGAAAAUUGCUACUGGUUUUAAUUGCCCCGGCAAUUCCCUGGCUGCUGUUUCAGCCAGGAAUGGAUGAUGGGUUUGGAGGUAGCUCCGGUAAUUCACCUCCGCAUGAUCUGGUCUUCCUCUGUCUGCCUGCUGUCCAGGUACCUGUCCUCCUGUGGCAUCCUGAUGACCCGAGGGGCGCCCCUCCUGGCGCCGCCGCCCGGGCCCCCUGUCCUCGCGUGCAGGCGCAGCUUCCUGAACCUGGCUGCGCCCCUCAUCAACAAGAGGAAAGAGUACUCUGAGAGGCGCAUCAUCGGGUACUCCAUGCAGGAGAUGUAUGACGUGGUGGCGGGGGUGGAGCAGUACCUGCACUUCGUGCCGUGGUGCAAGCGCUCGGAGGUGAUCUUCCGCAGGACCGGCUUCUGCAAGGCCCAGCUGGAGGUGGGCUUCCCCCCGGUGCUGGAGCGCUACACCUCCCUUGUCACCACAGUGCGCCCCCACCUGGUCAAGGCGUCCUGCUCCGAGGGCAAGCUCUUCAACCACCUGGAGACGGUGUGGCGCUUCAGCCCAGGGAUCCCGGGGUACCCGCGCACCUGCACCCUGGAUUUCGCAGUCUCCUUCGAGUUCCGCUCGCUGCUGCACUCCCAGCUGGCCACCGUCUUCUUCGACGAGGUCGUCAAGCAGAUGGUGUCGGCGUUCGAGCGGCGGGCCGGCAAGCUGUACGGCCCCGUGACCACCAUCCCCCGCGAGCUGAUGUUCCACGAGGUCCACCACACGUAGCCCCCCCCCCCGGCGCCCGCGGGGGCGGAGGGGGGCGGGGGUGGGGCAGGCAGGCGUCUGCAGCCGCUGUCCCAACAGCCACGGUGGGACCGGGUCCCGAGUCAGGAGGGGCGGUUGGGGGGUUCAUUUCUGCUCCCCCGAAGCCCCCCGCCCAAGUGCCUCGUUCGCCCCACACGUCCACCCUCCUCUCGCGCCCGCCCCACGGCAGCGCGGUCCCCGCCCACUCCACGGGACCGCCGCCGUGCCGCUGUCCUGCGCCUGCACAGAGUCGCCACAGAUCGCCGGCCGCCGGGACAGCUCCCGCUGAGGGGCGUGCCGGGGCAGGGGGUGGAGGCGCUGACCAGUCCCUGGUGUGUGGCGGCGGGGGCCGGCUCGUGUUUUCUGAGCUGCCGAAAUUUGUAAAUGAGUCAACAGUUAGUGAUGGAUAUUUGGAGUGUUGUCUGAUGGCAAGGGUUAAAGACCAGUGCUGACAUGUUCAGGGUGCAGGGUGGGGCACUGUGGACCCCCCACUGGCCCUGGGCACCCCAACACACCUGCUGGGUUUGGCUCUACCCAAUAAGAUGUUUCAUCUGUUUGUAGGAAGUUGCUCAUUUAAAAUUCUUACACUGCUGUGAUAACUUCAUACUUCCAUACUUGAGCAGAGAGGGAGGGAAACAAAUUGCAGAGGUUCCAGCAAAGCAAGGUUCGUUCAGUGGAGGGCUCUUGUCGGCAAGAGCUUGGCUGAAGUGAAGCCCAGCAGGUGUGGGGGUCCCUAGCGCCAGCACUGGGAGAGCCAGGCUGUAACUCAUCACAGUUUCAGUGCUGCAGGCUGAAGGAGAGCUUUGUGGAUGGAGAGCAAGAGCUGCUCUCGAGGAGGUGCUGGGAACUCGGCCCCAGGCAGGAUUGUGUUUACAUGAGCUCUAGUAAGUGUUUGGGACACCAGAUAUCACAGUUGCACAAUGCAUGUUUGCAUGUUGAGUGUGGCGAAACCGAGGGAACGCUGACUGCUGAAUGUUGAGUGUCCGGUGGUUCCACACAAUGGCAGGUGUAAUUAGUUUUUGUUCCGCUCGGGCACAGACGCUGGCUGGAGUCUGUGGAUGUGUCGAAGCCUGGGGACUCAACGGUAUUGUCAGCGCUGGCGUCUGGGUUGUGCUCAGGAUGUCGAGCUGCACAGGGGAGGGUCUGAAGCUGUGAUCAGAGGAUUCCUGACGUUCUCCUUGCUGGGAAGGGGGGGGGGGCGGGUGUGACCGUGCUGAAGUGUGCAGGGUUCUUUUUAACGUUGAAUUUGGUUUUAUUCUUGUACACGUCUUUUACAAACCUCGUGUCGGCGCCCUGCCCCCAGUGACCACUCUGUGAUCCACGCGGUGUGCUGAUUGUGUACUGUACAUCUGUUGUUGUAGAAGACCAACAUUUUUUAAUACUGUAAACCUCACCCCUCUAUAAACCCUUUCUGCCCCCCUGCUUGUACCCUUAUUUUUACUUAGGCUGUAUCUUGGCACCUUUGUUAAUUUAUUUAGUUCUUGGACAGACACAUGUAUAUACAGUUAUAAAGCACAGAUAAGAGAGGGAGGGGAGACAUGUUUUGUUGCCAAACUGUUACCUUUAAUGUAAUUAAGAUGUUAUGGAUGAAGACACAAAUGCAUUCUGGUUGCAUGGUAUAAUAAACUAUUUUUCUAUUAAAGUCUCCAUACAAUUUUUUAAAUGUAAUAUAAUGCAUGAGUUUCAGAGUCCUUAUUUUCUUCUGUAAAUGUGAAUUCAUGUAAACUGAUAUGAGUGGCUGCUUGUAUGUGUGCCCUACCUGGACGACAGGGGAGCGCACAGGAUUGUAAUGAAGUUUUAAUUUCUUAUUUUCCAAUUACAUUUCUUUUAAAACUAAA